AUGAGCUCCCGGUCAGCACAACCGCCACACACCUGGUCCAUUCUGAACCCUGGCCACCCCAUUAAGAGCCUUUUUGUUGCAUUUUGGGUAUGGAAGUCCCUCGUACUAGUAGUAAUUGCUUGCUGCCCUGGGCCUGGCUAUGAGACUUCCCUCGGGCGUCUUCCUUCCCAGGUGCCCAGCACACAUGAUAGUAGACCUCAGCAACUCGAAUCCCUCACGCCACUUCCAACGCUUCUGAAAUUCGUCAGGUGGGACGCAGUUUACUUUGUCCAUAUCGCCGAACAUGGUUACGUUUACGAGCAGGAAUGGGCGUUUGGAUAUGGGUAUACUCAAGUCUUAUCAUUCCUCGUCUCUGUUCUCCGCCGAAACAGUGGAUUAAGUGGAGCCACUGCAGCCGCUCUUGUUGGAAUUGUCCUGUCUCAUAUGGCACAUUUCCUCUCGGUCCUAGUACUGUACAGACUGUCGAUCAAUGUCUUUGGACAGGACACAGCUACUCGGAGAUUGACCUGCUUUCUUUCAGCUACCUUACAUAUCAUUUGCCCAGCAGGAGCAUUCCUCUCCGCUCCAUACGCAGAAUCUCUUUUCUCUUUUCUCAAUAUGUCCGGGUUCUACAUUUAUUCCUCCUCGUUUCUUGACGAUAACGUGGGACGUACAGUAAUUAGUAACGUAAAGUUACUCAUCGCCUCGGUUCUCUUUGCAGCAGCUACUACGGUUCGAAGCAACGGGAUUCUCAGUGGAUGUUUACUUGCGUAUGACGCUGUUUUGCUUCUUCGGAGAACACUCUUCCAUGGUCCCAUGAAGCGGGCCUGUCUUCGCUUAUGCGUGACCGUUGUUGGCGGCUGUAUAGUAGCCGCCGGGAUGAUCUUCUCCCAGGCUCUAGCAUACGCAGAUUUCUGCCUGGACGUGCAGACAUCUCGACCCUGGUGCGGGAAGCUGAUUCCCAGUAUUUACCCCUGGGUCCAGCGUCAGUAUUGGGAUGUGGGUUUCCUUCGAUACUGGACGAUCCGGAACCUUCCCUUCUUCCUACUCGCAAUUCCCAUGUUGCACACCCUCUGCCGGUCUUCUAUGUGGGCAAUGUCUUUAUCCAAAGCUGACAGUUCCUUAUUUUCCACUUGGUCCGCUUCGUUGUUGGCUCGACUGGCUCUCCCCCAGGGAUUGCUAGCCGUCCUAGGCAUCACCAGCUAUCAUACCCAGAUAAUCAACCGAAUAUGCUCUGGAUAUCCACUAUGGUACUGGUACCUUGCGUGCCAAAUUGUUCGUGAGCGCUAUGAGCCGCGCGCAAAGAGAAGGCCAGGCUGGACCUUCGCUAUACAGGCCAUGGUCAUAUACGCCAUCCUCCAAGCAGCUCUCUACGGUUCCUUUCUCCCUCCGCCUUAA